AUGUUCAAUUUUUUCGCCGCAAAUGAUCCAAAUUACUUCGAUUAUGUGGUUCGAGUUACACAAGAUGGCAACGGCGGAUAUAAUUUUGAUUCUAUUUAUCAAAAAUCUCAAAAAGUUGCCGAUGAUUUAAAUAAACAACUGGGAAACUUCUGUUUUCCAUAUAAAGAUACUCCAUUACCAGCAUCAGAAACACAGACAUACUAUUUUGCAUUUACAGAUGAAAAGAAACAAUAUUCGUACUGUUUCGUUCAUUCUAGAGAAGAAAACUUAGUUCGUAGUGCUUUUACGUUAGUUUCAAGAUACUUCCACCCAUCGUUAUUCUGUGAAAUUGUUCAAAGUGUUGCAAGCUACUAUUCAAAAUCGAAAUCUGAUGCAGAAUCAUUUUUAAAUAAUAUACUUCAUCUUCAGCUUAUCAGAAGACCGUACGACUGGUCAUUUACUAUCAAAGCAGGCCUUGAACUCCAAAACUUUGAUCAUUUAAGCCCAGAAAACGAGAUUAUGAAAUUACAAACGUUUUUAUAUUCUAGAUUUGCAGUAAACGACAUCUUAGCAUCAAUAGUUGCUACAAUGCUUGAUGCUCGUAUCAUAAUUUUGUCUUCCAACAUCGAAUUACUUGGCCAAACUGUAUUUUCGAUCUUAGCUUUACUUUAUCCACUUAGAUGGCAGGGAACAUUCAUUCCUUUGCUUCCAAGUGUUGCACUUACCGCUUUAGAAGCUCCUUUCGGCUACUUAAUUGGUGUUCAUUCAAUUAUGGCCUCAAAACUACUUGAGGAAUCAGUUGAAAAGUACUUUGUUAUGAAUGUUGAUUGCCACUAUUCUGUUGUCAUCGGUAUGGAUGACUUUCCAGCCGAAAUUUUGGAUUUAAUUGAUAUUUAUUCGAACAAAAUCAGAGAACAGAUCGCUAAAUAUAAACCAAUAUUCCCAAUGAUGUACAUACAAGUCCUUGUUCGUGAAUUUAUGAUCCAAAUCUUCUCCACGGCCUAUGGAUAUCCAAUUUCUUCUCCAAACGACCUUGCUGCUGGUUUUACACGUUACAAAGAGAAUCUUUCGGAAGAUUUCCCAGCGGUUAUCAGCCAAACACAGUUCGUUGACGUAUUUAUUCAUCAAUGUUUGCAAGAUGACCUCGAAGAACGCGGAAACCUCGAAGAACAGAGGAGCCAGUCAAUGGAAAUAAUCAAAGCAUUCUGGCCAGACCAAGAAGUCACUGUUGCGAAGCAAGAAAAAAGAAGGAGAAGCAAUGCAAAGAAAAUUAAGUCCGUUGACACUUCACCGGCCAUUAAAACGUUCAAGACAUCAAAGGCAAAGCUUGUUGAUAUCCAUCCGAAGGCUUCUGAAGCUCCUCAUGAGACAAGACCAAGAUUAUUGUUAAAUGAUGACAUGAACCUCUUCAGUAACGAAAUGGAAAAGAAAUAA